AUGGGGCCGUUCUCAAACGGCUCGUUUGUCCUCACGGCCACCACACAGCCGUCGUCAUCGAACUCGCCCUGCACAGCUGUUGAUGCCGAUGGUCGUCGCCCUGUUUGCAGAACAUGUGCGUCGGGAUCCGGGCCGGCUGUGUCCAAGGCUACUUUGGCCUCACCGGCAGAGCGCGCUGGAUCGUACUGCCAUGGAUGCGGAUCGCUGUUGGGCAAGGGCACGCUCGUCGCCACGCCGUCAGGCAAGUUCCACGCUGCCUGCUUUACCUGUGAUUCGUGCGCCAUCGCGCUCACAGGCGACUACAUGGUCUCCGAAUCGGGCAGUCCGCUCUGUGGAAACUGCGCCGACAUGAUCCGUGGCGAGAGCGGCGAGGAGCCGGGAAGCCCAUGCAUGAUCUGCGGUGAGAGCAUUGUGGAGGGGACCAUCGUCAAGGCCAUGGGCGGCGUCAUCCACGGCGCAUGCUGGCGGUGCGCCUCCUGCGACGCGCCCAUCACCGGCCAAUUUGGCCGCGGCAAGGCCGGUACGGCCGUAGAGGGCAAGCCCAUUUGUCCGCCGUGUGCCGGCCAUCCGUCACAGCUCCCAGCCGAGGCGUGA